CUGGGGACUCUGUCAUUAAAAGGUUGGCUUGUAAUUAUAGUAAAAUAGUAUUACUACAAGUAUAUUUCUGCAUAAGAUUAUAGUCUAAUGGGGAAAGUCACGAUUUUAUUGUUUAAGUAAAAAUGCAUUGAUUGCAAAAUAACAGUAUGUAAUCAAUAUUGUAUUUCAGAUUGUGAUAUUACCAAGUCCUGUCUGUCCUUAUCUGCCUGUGGUCACCAGUUCUGUAAUGAGUGCUGGAGGGCUCACUUGAGGACCCAGAUUGAGCACGGCCACACAGUUCUGAGGUGCCCUGGGUACGAGUGUAGUUCAACAGUUGAUGAUGUUACCUUGAUGUCACUUGUGCCGUCAUUGUAUGGAAGACAUCUGGCAAAGAGGCUUGAUACAUUCCUGGAAAUGGACCCAGAAUGGAAGUGGUGCCCUGCCGACCAGUGCAAGUUGGUUGUCAAGGCAACAACAACACAGGUCACCUCAGAAGCUUUUGAUGCCAAGAAUAAUGCCAGUAUCCAGCCAGUCCCAGUGGUAUGUGUCUGUGGUACCAUGUGGUGCUUCAAGUGCCAGGAAGAUGCACACUGGCCUGCAACAUGUCAGGAGGCACAGAUCUUCAGACAAAAAAAUGCAUCUUAUGCUCGGAUGGUGACAACCAAGAAAAGAAGGGGGCUGAUUACAAGCGUUCAAGUGAAGCAUUGUCCCUCCUGUUACUACCCUGUGGAGAAGGGUCUGGGGUGUAAUCACAUGACAUGCAUCUUGUGCCACUAUGAAUUCUGCUGGGUUUGCCUCCAGAGGUUCAGUCACUCUCACGAAUGUAGAAUUGUUCAUCUGCGAAAAAUUCACCUGCCAACAAAAGUUGUUAAUGAAAUCUCUUAUGAGCAUGUUGCAGUUACAAGCCGAGUGGCAAGGGCAUCAAAUCUGAUAUGUAAGAUUCAUAGGAAGCUUGACAAGAUAGAACAAGGACUGGAUGUUUAUACAAAAAGUUUCCCUUUGAAGCCAGAUAUAAAGGGGGCAAGUCACACUGAGAAGCAUUUGAUUCUCCUGUCUGAGAAUAAAGUUGCCAGCCAUUUGAAAGAAGUGUUCAAUUUUAAAUUUCAGGCUCAUCUAGUUUUAGAGGGUGUGGCCAUUAGGAUGUCGUUUUCAAGUGGCACAACUUAUAGUAAGAAACUUGCUAUGGAAUUCAGCAGGUUGCUUUUUAUUGUGGAAAGAAUGGAUGAGAUCCUGAAAGACUUGAACCAUUGCCUUGUAAAGAAAGAAUAUUUGUUUAAACUUAAGAGAUUCAUAAAAUUUGGAAAGAAAUGCAUUCUUUUUAUCGGUAGAAAUACAAAAUGAACUUGUUGUGACAAAUGCCAUUACUUAUUUAAAAUUAUGUUACAUUAUAACUAUUCCCCCUUUCACACCAACUGAAUAUGUUUAAUUAAACCAAGUUUAACAAAAUGAAAAUCGGCAACAGAAAACUGGUAGUCUGAAUUUGACAUAUGGUUAUACUAAGCUCUAUAAUAAUAAUAAUAAUAAUAAUAAUAAUAAUAAUAAUAGUAACAAUAAUAA